GCGGAAGUUUGCGUUCUCACAUGAAAGAAGAAGCUAGCGAAGCGGAUUAAACUGUAACGUUUAUGUUCAUACGCUGGGACCUACCGUUCAAAUGGGAUGAGUUGUAUCGCUAAUUGUCGUUUGUUGCACAUGUUCGUUGCCACGGCGCAUAGUAGAGAAGAGCAAUGCCCCUGCCAGCAGCUAAAUUGGACCAGAUAAACCUCAAGGCAGAAAUAAAGAUGUACAUGUCUGCAUUAUAAGAGGAGAUAAAAGCUACUACAAGUGUGACGACAGCAGCUGUCUGUAAAGGGCCCCCCCCCCUCGCCUUGUCAUUUGUGUGUGAGCGUGUGUGUUUAUGGUUGUGUAUGUUUACGAGUAAGUGGCAUAGCAGCAGGGGGUUGUAACGUGAUGCCAAGAUGCUGCUGUCUCUGGGAAUGCUUAUGCUGUCGGCUACACAGAUUUACACCAUCUUCACUGUUCAGCUCUUCGCCUUCCUCAACCUGCUGCCUGUGGAGGCUGACAUUGCUGCUUACUCAUUUGAUAAUAAAACUGAGAACUUCGAUGACCUGCCUGCAAGGUUCGGCUAUCGGCUACCUGGGGAUGGACUUAAGGGCUUCCUGAUUGGAGCACGGCCAGAAAAUGCAUGUGAGCCCAUUGAGCCCCCUCCAAGGGAUAACUUGACGGGUGCAUUCAUUGUCCUCAUCAAACGCUUCGACUGCAACUUUGACAUCAAGGUCCUCAAUGCACAGAAAGCUGGGUACAAGGCGGCCAUUGUUCACAAUGUGGACUCUGAUGACUUAAUCAGCAUGGGAUCCAAUGACCUGGAUAUCAUGAAGCAGAUCGAUAUUCCCUCAGUUUUUGUGAGUGAGCUGACUGCUAACACUCUGAAAGUCGACUACACGUAUGAUAAGGGUGGACAUGUGGUCCUCAUGCCAGACUUCAGCCUGCCGCUGGAAUACUACCUGAUCCCCUUCCUCAUCAUCGUGGGAAUCUGCCUUAUUCUCAUCGUUGUUUUCAUGAUAACCAAGUUUGUCCAGGAUCGACACAGGGCUCGGAGGAGCCGCCUGCGUAAAGAUCAACUCAAGAAACUUCCCAUCCACAAGUACAAAAAAGGAGACAGCUAUGAUGUAUGCGCCAUCUGCCUGGAUGAGUAUGAGGAAGGUGACAAGCUCAGAGUCCUGCCAUGUUCCCACGCCUACCACAGUAAGUGUGUGGAUCCCUGGCUGACCAAAACUAAGAAGACAUGUCCGGUGUGCAAGCAGAAAGUAGUCCCCUCGCAAGGUGACUCCGACUCUGAUUCAGAGGAGGGGGAUAGUGGCCCUGAGGAGAAUGAAGAGGUUUCAGAGAGCACCCCUCUCCUGAGGUCUCUGGCCUCCACCAGCGCACACUCCUUUGGCACCAUGUCAGCGGCGUCACGCUCGGACCCCGAGCAGGAAUCCUCCGAGUACGAGGACGACGAGCUGGACAGCAGCGACAGCGAGGAAGAGGUCACCGUUGAGACUGUGGUGGUGCAGAUGCAGCAGCCAUGCUCUGAAGGACACGACCACGAGGACGACCUGCCCCGAGCUUGACUGAUUGUUGUUUGGCCUGAUUGGUCACUAGAUCCCGCCCCUUUCUCGCUUACCUCACAGCUGCAGAGACUUUUGCCGGGGUCACCAAACGGAUUCAUCAUCUGUUUUUCUGUCACUGCUUAUGAGACACUGUAAUAUAUCCAUCAAGUUUUUAUUUUUAACAUAAUGGACAAGUGCCGAUGACACAGCAUCAUGAGCGGACGUACUUGGCAUAUUACACAGCACAGGUGGUGUACAGUAGACUGUCAUACUGUACUGAGUCCAGAAGUCACACAUAUACACAAACUUGACACAAAGUUCAAUAGAAUAUUGUAUAUAUAAAAAAGAUCACAAUAAGUUCCAUCUAUAUCUUUGAUUAUCUCCUAGUCUGUCUGUUUCAGAUGAUGGGGUUCAUUAUUGUACAUACAGCUACACUGAACCGCUAUGCAGCAUCUUUUUGUAAAACUACACGUACAUUAAGCAAGUAUAGAAACAUUUAAAACCACAGUGAGGGUUUUUUGCCAAGUUAUUUCUAGCCUGAUUUCUAAAGGAGCCCCUAGGAGCUCCAGUCUGUUCUGUGCCACAACUUUUCUGUUACAAAAAAGAUUCACUCCCAGACAAACUGAAGACAAACCAGUUUAAGAAACACCUUCCAAGCAAAGAAUGUAAUUCUCUGUGUCACUCCGGUUUAUGUGAAGCCAAUUUGAAAAGUGUGGAGAAAACUUUCCACGCUGCCUGUGGUUAAGUUCAUGUGGCUGCUCCAGACCUGUCACCUCAUUGAACACAAAGUUAUUGGUUGAUAGGCCUUGUAAUACACUUUUAACUGACCUUAUCUCAUUUUAAUAUGGUUUAUAAUAACCAUUUUUGUUGUCACAGUAUUGCUUGAUUUUUGUUUAUGAAACCCUCUUGCCUUUUUUUCAGUUAAUGUUGUUUCCGUUGUGUUUUCCUGCUCAUGUAUGUACUCUGAAUUCACUUCAAUAAAAUGGAAAUUACACU